UUGAAAUUCUAAAUUUUAAGUUUUUUUUAAUAUUAUCUUCCAAAAAGUCUUUUUAAGAAAAAAUAUAUUUUAUAAUAUUGCUAAUUAAACAGAUAUUCACGGUUUAACCACAAAUAUUAUUCAAGUAUUUUUUCUAUAUUAAAAGAAAUCCAAUAAAAUGGGUUGCUGUGGUAAAAAUGAGGAAAAAGAUGAUGCAGAUUGCCCUCAAUUAAAAAUACCCGACAUGAAAGAUCUCUGCGAGAAAGGUAUCGGUGAUCCUUAUACAUGGCAUCCAACGGUCAGUAACAUGCAACAAAUAUGUUAUGUAAGACGCCUGGAACGUCAACAUGAGGCCUUGCAAGCUUCCUUCUUUAAUCUCAGUUCCCAAUUGGCACGCCUGCAGUUUCGUAUAAGACAGAUUAUACAAGCAGCUCCUUAUGAUCGCGAUCGAUUGAUACGAGAUUUAGAGCAUACGGUUUUUAAAGAAAUCGAGGCGGCAAGUCAAGGCCGUGCAGAAGAACUGCCCUCGAUAGAACAACAUAAUUUGGAAAUGGGUGACAUUAAGAAGAAACAACAUCUGUUGAUACAAAGUUUACGUCAACAAAUUGGUAGUUUCCAACAGGCUACUGAAAGCCUAACAACGGAAUAUAUGCCUAACGAUAAUGACUGGUCAAAAGAACUAAAGCCCAUAAACAAAGAACCAUCUAAUAUCAGUCAAGUUAAAAAUGAAAUUGUGGGCAAACCAUCUGAAACUAAGUCCAGAAAAUCUGGAGGCUCAGAUUAUUUUAUGAAAUCCGUCACAGCGUCAACUGAAAGUUGUAAUGAUUCGCAAGUGGAGCAGAGUGAGAGCGAAGUGAGAACAACGUCUUUUAAGGAACUCAGAGACAUGUAUCAGAAAGGAUGUACUAAAAAGUGCGUAGGGAUGCUUAAUUGAAAGCAGCACUUAUAUAACAGUUUUUUUUGGUUCAAAUAAGGCAACUGACUUCUAGUUUGUCUGGUAUUUGAACCAUUAAAAUGGUGAACAAUUUUUGGUGAAUUUAUUUCUGAAAUAAAAUAUACUAAAUGAAAUAAAAACUUUUAAAGAGACAUUCAUUACAAACAUA